AUGAAAUCAACUGGAGAAAAGUAUUAGAAAUAACUAAAUUAAAGAUCUCCGGAAAAGAUAUUGUCAAAGAGAAAUAGUAAUAGUUAAUUAUAAUACUUAAUAAAAUGGAAGAAUCAUGAGGAGCCAACUUGGGAAUUUGAAGAAAAUAUUCGAAAUUAAAUUUAAAAUUUACUAACAAACGAUUUAGAAUAAAAAACCAAUUAAAAUGAAAAAUAAGUUGAGCCAAUGAAAAUUUUAUAGAGAACAGUUCAACAGUCUUUUAAGCAUCCUAAUUGUUCAGAGGAGCUACUUUUUAAUAAGCAGAGAGAGAUGACAAAAAAAUAUUGCAAUGCAUACCCAUAAUCUGGAGAUGAAAUAGAUAGUGUUCAAUUGAUUUUAACAUAAGAAGAUUGUAUAUUUGAAAUAAAAUGGAAAUCUAGGUUUGAUGGAGUGUAACCUAUAUCUGAUUUUUAUCAAUAUGAUUAAUUCAAAGUAGUUGCUCCAAUGCUAUUUAUGGACUUUUUAGAGAUUUGUAUUUUAGGAUUUGAAAAGAAAUCAGAUAUAUAGUUUAUAGCGCCUGGCAAAGAUAAUAUAGAAAGAACUUAGUUGAUAAAAAGUAUCUUAUUAUAGAAUUCAAAUUAUGUGGAUACUAAUAAAAAUUAAUUAGAAGAAGUUAAAGUAAAUGAAUAAGCUAAUGAAAAUUAUGCUACGUCAAAGAAAAACACUAAAAUAACAUUUAUGUAAUCAGACUAAAAAUAGAAAUAGCUAAUUUAACCAUAAAGCAAUACAGAACCGUAGGAUCAAGAAUAAUAACAGAAUGAAAAUUCAUCCUAAUAGAACAAUAAUUAGAGUGAUGAAUAAUUAUUGGAAGAUAAAUAAUCUGAUUAAUAAUAAUUAGAAUAAAAGGAGUAGAAUAUGGUUGAUUAGAAUAAAAAUUAAAACUAUGAAGAGCAGAUAGAAUAAGAAUCAAUAUCAUUAGAAUAAUAAUAAUUAGAAUGA